CACCCAAACCCUUGUCCGCCGCCCUCCCUUCGUUUUUUCUUCCGACCUGGAGUACCUUCCGCGCUCAAAUCCCCCUCACAUUCGGGUCCUGAACCGCCGGAACACAGUGGGUCGCAACACCGCCGUCGCUCCACGGUCCCCUCUCCCUCCGCCCGCCCCAUUUUUUUGGGGGUGAAAAAACGAGGGUUUUGAGACCCGUGUUUGAGCUUCCUUUCUGUUCCGUCAUCCCUGAUAAUAGAAUCCGAUCGAAAGAUGGUUAGGAGAAAAAAAGGUUCGAGCAGCCGGGUCCGACGGAGCACCAUGUCGGACAGGAAGACAGGUGUCACCGUGUUGGACGACCUUCCCGAGGAGGUCAUCGUGGACAAGAUACUGAUCCUGUUGCCGGCAAAGGACGUCGGCCGGUGCCGCGCGGUCUGCAAGUCUUGGCGCAGUGCCACCUCCACGCCGGAAUUCAUGCUCGAACACCACCAACGCCAGCCGUCGCUCCCCAUCAUCGACAACGGGCAGGCCGCAGGUUUCGUCGUCCUCCGUGAGACUGGUACCAGAAAAUACGGUCAACAGCUCUGGCCCUUCAUAGGGCGCAUGAAACAUGGUAAGAAUCGCCUCCGCGCCGCAGGCGAUGGCUUGCUCAUCGUCUCCCAGGAAUCCCGAGUCUACAUCUGCAACCCAACCAUCCGCAAGCAUGCUCUCCUACCGCAGCCCCGUUUGGAGCCUCGUUCUCAUCGCGCAUCCGAAACCAUAAGAUUCUGCGGCCUGUACCGGCACCAUCCAACUGGAGAAUACAGGGUGCUCUGGAUCUCAGAGUACUUUUAUGAACCCAGGUUUUAUGAAGCCAGGUUGUAUGUCCUCACAGUGGGAUCCAACAUGUCGAGGCACAUCAGAAUCAGAAUGCCAGGCAUGCUGCCGCUUUCCGAGGAAGAGCAGUUCCUCAAACGGCUGUUCCGUUUCGCCUAUUGUCCACCAGUCCACCACUGCGACAACCUGCACUGGACGGGCGCAAGCAGAGAAAUCAUUGUGUUCGACACAGUAGCCGAGUCAUUCAGUUUGAUGCCCUGUCCUACCCAGCUGGGCUCUCGGGGGAGGUUGCUCGACAUAAAUGGGACACUUGGUUUUGGGUGUCGUGUAACCAAGCAAGCUAUGGAGGUCUGGGUGGUGCAGGACUACCAGGCUGAAAUCUGGGCCUUGAAGUGCCGGAUUGAUGUGUCAACGGUGGAGGCAUCACGAGAUCGAACUAUUAUUGCCAAAAGGAAAAAUAAAAAGAAAAAAUCACUUGAUUUCACGGUGAAAUCGUUUAGGGACAUGGCUGUGCUCAACGAGCGUGAGCUGCUAAUCCGGUUUAAUAGAAAUUAUGUGUUGCGCUGUGACAUUGAUGGCAAGUUCUUAGGAAUUGUAAACACUGAAAGGAGACAAUACCACAUGCUGCUUACUCGGUAUUGCUUCCAAGAGAGCAUUAUUCCAAUUCCGUCAGGUGAGAUACAAGAAGACGGGGAACCUCUAUUCUCCACUGGGCAUGUUUGAAUGUUCAGAACCGUCCGAUUUGCUUUGCCUUGGAUUAUCUAUCUGUUCUAUCCUGUAUGAGGCUUGUCCUUUGUUCUUAGCUCUUCUUACUUAUUCGUACUAUUAGUAGAACAUGUCAUCUUGGAUUGUCACCGUAACACCUGUUCUAUCAUUAGUUGGUGCUUAUCAGCUUGUCAUUCUGUCUCGAACAUCGUGUUAGUGUUCUGAACUUAUAACUUCUCUGCUGUUCGACCCUGCUGCCAAAUUUACAUUCAUUUUCCAUUGUUUAGAAGCAAGGAUGGCAUUUUUAAGAUCAGAGAUUCAGACUU